UUCGACACGGGAGACGACGACGAUAUUAACUUCAGCAACAGAAUUGCGAAGCACCAAUGCUUCGCGCAUCCACUAACCAAGGAGUACGAAAUGUGCUCUUCAAUUAUGGGAAACAGGCGGACUUGAAUGCCUUCAUCUCAAGGACUCCCGCCCCUCAGGAUGGCAAAGCCCCUGCCGAAGCCGACGUCCAAGCACGAGAUCCUAAAAAAGCACUUAUUUCAAAGCACUCUCGACUUCUAGCCGUCAAGGACAACAUAGCCACGGCCAAUCUCCCGACAACAUGCGGAUCAGGAAUUCUCCAGGACCAUCAAAGCCCAUUUGAGGCCACUGUUACGGAACGGCUUUGGCAUGCUGGGGCUUCAAUCGUAGGGAAGACUAAUUUGGAUGAGUUUGGCAUGGGAUCACACUCUACCAAUUCCUUCUUUGGCCCCGUUCGCCAUGACUCCUUUGAUGAACGUUCAGUUGGAGGAAGCUCAGGAGGAAGCGCAGUGGCCGUUGCGGUUCAGCAAUGCAAGGUUGCUCUGGGAACGGACACAGGUGGCUCGGUCAGACUUCCAGCAGCUUAUACGGGUGUGGUAGGAUUCAAACCUUCCUAUGGUUUGAUUCCACGUUGGGGCGUGGUCCCCUACGCCAACUCCCUCGAUACUGUAGGCAUCUUGUCAGCUAAGGUUAAGAACCUCUUUGUACUCCUACAAAAUGCUAAGGGACACGACCCUCGAGACCCAACUUCUAUCACAGAUGCAACCUGGCAACGCAUAAAGGAAGGGCGGAAGAGAUCUGCAAUACAGUCUGGUAGGCAUGGACCUUUCAACAAAAACAUCCAGAACUUAAAGAUUGGUGUUCCAAUUGAAUACAACAUCUCGGAACUGGACCCUGGAAUUCGACAAGCCUGGAAAAACGCCUUGAAGCUCUUCCAAGAAAAGGGGUGUACUGUUGUACCAGUGUCUCUGCCGAAUACAAAACAUGCUCUUUCGGCCUAUUACGUGAUUGCGCCAGCUGAAGCAGCCUCCAACUUGUCAAAAUAUGACGGCGUUAGAUAUGGAACUCGCAGUGAUUCUAGCGAUUCUGCUGUUGACGUUCUGUAUUCUAAGACGAGAGGAGAGGGGUUUGGCGACGAAGUGAAACGACGAAUUCUGCUGGGGUCAUACACACUAAGCUCGGAAGCCAUUGACAACUACUUCAUCAAGGCUCAAAAGGUCCGAAGGUUAGUGCAGCGGGAUUUCGACCGAGUGUUCUCUCUACCAAAUCUCCUUCGUCCCUCCGAGCAAUUUGACCUCAGCGACAUGGAUGAGUCUGUUGAACUGGACAACAAACUUGGCCCAUCUCAGGUAGACUUCAUAGUUUGCCCAACUGCCCCAACUCCGCCACCAACCCUAGAUGAUAUAUCCAAGCAAACGCCGGUCGAUACGUACAUGAACGAUGUCUUCACUGUCCCCGCCAGCUUAGCUGGGCUUCCUGCUAUUAGCAUCCCAUUCCCAAUCCCUGAAGAGCAUCAGCGGCCCAAUACCCCGGCAUACGCCGGUAUACAAAUUAUUGGACAAUACUCAGACGACCAUCGGCUACUGGAGACCGCCCGGCUGCUCGAGAAUCUACGACCCGGACCGGUAAAAUUCAAAAUAUCUUACUUUCCAGUCGAUUCUAAAUCCCAAAGAUCACCCGCAGAGGAGAAGAAGAAGACCCCAUUAAUUAGAAAAUACAUAUCGACCGAUAGGAAAGCGAAGCUGCCACGGAAGCUUCGCUCGCAACCUCGCUCGCAACAGGAACCCGACCUCGAUCUUGAUGAUGCCUUCAAAUCGUGGGAAAAUCUUGAACGCCCGAAGUAGCAAUUU